UAAUAGGGUCUAGUUCCCCAUACAUCGACGAAUCAUUGAAAUAUAUGCAGUUUAAAAAAGUGAAAACAUUUUCGUAGAUCAGAACUUAGACUUCUAGUUUUAUAAAUGAAAGAUUUUCUCAGCUGUAGGCGGCGCUCGUUACAUUUUCACAACUGAAGAGAAUAUUCUUUAGCAAGAUUGAGUUCGCUUUCUUUUAAUAGCAUCUAAUUCAACAUACAUCGAUGAAUUCUAAUUCAACAGUCAUCGAUGAAUUCUAAUUCAAAAUACAUCGAUGAAUCAGUGGGAUUUAUUAGGUUUUCAAGACAUUCUGAGAGACCAGAAUUAGGACAAAGUUUCAUAAAGAAGAGAUUCUCGUACUUGUAGGCGGGUCUUCGUUAUAUUAACGUAGACUGUCGACUAUACCUGUGUGUAGCUAUUGUACAGGUGUUUUCAUUUUUAUUUCUAUAAACUACAUUUCUCCUGAUGCUAAGGUUUUAGUAAGCGGAAUAUAGAGUCAUUGAUACCACAUCCAGUUUCUAACAUUUUAUUUAGUCCAUUGCUUUAGAGAAAAAAUGGAGUACAAAUUUCCACUCGUGCCUACAAGAAAUGGCCAAGACACUAGCCAGCAUAUUUCGUCAACGUGGUCAGUCGACCUUACUGCGAAUCGAUCAUAGCGAUGUUUACUUUGAAAACGAGAAACUUGACCAAGACUUAAAUUUUGAUAUUGAUAUUCUACAACGAGAACAAUUUCGCCAGAAACUUGUUCGCGAUGCAGAGAUUCGUGAAAUAAAGAAAUCCUUUGGCCUCCAACAAAGAUCUGCAAGUUCUGGAAAUCUUGUUAGGACAAUGGAAAGAAAAGUUAGUUCCCAUCAAUUACUUGAACGUCAAUCUAGCUCAAAUCAGUUGAAUCACUCAUUGACGUCGACGUCUGUUAAACAAAUGAAAAGACCAACAUCGGUAGUAUCUGACUCUACUAGUGACUCAGUGAGUUCCAGUGAAGUGAAUCUCAGGCCAGACUCUAAGAGACCUGUUUCUUUGCUGAAGCCAAAGACAAAAAGUUUUCUUGAUGUUUCUGACACCAAUAGCAGCCGAAAUACCAGCGAAUCUCAGGACUCGGAUUCGGAGAGGGAUGCAUUAGACUUAUCGGCUAGAACUAUCCCAAAAGUUCCCAGGUUGAUACCAAGGUCAGCGCCUGUCGGAAAAAAGGCGAGGAUCGAAGCCAUGAUGCGCACAUUGAAAUUAGACAAAAUUCCAGCUCACUGGUACACCACAGUCGUGCCAGCAGUCGACGUCACUGUCAAUUAUAACCUUGCCAAAAAGGACAAAUCAAAAGACGCGAGACCCCAUACCACAACUGGGGUGCGUUCAAACGGAAGCCUCUCGUCUGCCGUCAGGUCAUCUUACAACAGAAGCCUCACCAAGUCGGCAAGAAACAAGGAACCUAGCCCGCCUCCGGUACCGGAAGUAUCCACGGCUUUUUGUCUCUCGGCGCAUGCCACAAAAUCGAGGCGCCAACUUUUAGAGAUUGCAAACCAAGACAUUGAAGCAGACGACAGUGUGAGUUUCAAGCUGCAGAGGAUUAUAAGAGCUCAUAAUGAGGAGAAGAUGAACAUAGACAAGAAGGUGAAGGACUUUAUCUUUUCUCUCGAUGCACUGAAGAAAUCAAGGCAAAGAGCUUUUCAGGAGCAUUUCGACUGACAUAAUGUUUAUAUUUGGACUGUAUUUGUGUCAUGGACAGUGGCAUAGCUAAGGCUGGGGAAAGGGGGGUCCAAAUUCAAAACCCCCACUUGGCCCCUUAAAAGGGUGCCCCAAAUGAGGGUCCAUCCAUUUUUAUUUUUUUUACAUUGAAUAAGCCAAUGCCAUGUUAUCUUGCUAUUCAUGUUGUUAUGUAAAUAGGUGAUCAUUUUCCAUGUAUUCCACACAUUUGACUUAUAUAUUUAUUAAGUUCAUUAUCUCAUGUCGUCAAAAGUCCCUUUAGUUACGCCACUGGUCGGUGAAAUAAUUUGCUUCAUAGAUUUAUUUUCUUUUUUUGGCCCUAAUGGUGGACAUUUUUGGGUGAUUUAACUUUGUUUUUCAUGAAAAAAAUAUUGAAUGUGAACUUUUAUUUUUGACUUAAUGUCAAGCUCAAUGGCAUCUAAACCUAAAUUGAAAACCCGGUAAUUAUGUAAUGUUGAAAAAGACAUGCUACUAAUAAGUAGUGUAUGACUGCGAAUGACGUUGUGACAGUGCAGUAAAUGACGUAGUGAAUGACGUAGUGCUUGACGUUGUGAAUGAUAAGUUGGUAUACAAAGAUCACAAAGAUAUUUACCAAUAGUUGCAAUACACUUUUUGUUGUUGUUGUAGCAAAGAUCACAUUGAAACUUGUUUUGUCUGCUCCCAUUUGGUACCUUAAAGUACUUGUCGGAGUACAUCUUUUUUUUGUACAACACCUCUAUUCAAGUCAGAACUUCAUGGAACCUUCGUGAAUCUUCAGGAUCCUGGACGCGUACAGCGGAUCUCAAAAACAGCUCUGACGAUUUUCCUAGAAAUUUAACAGUUGAUAUGUAUUGAGGAAAGAAUUACUAGCUCCUUGACCACAAGGGGAAAGCUCUAGUUUGACCUUUAUAAUUUUUCAAAUAAAUAAAUAAAUGUAAAUUUGGCUUGAGUAGUAAACUUAGUCUGACCAAGACCGAUUGUUACAAAAGGCCUGAACACUGACCUGCGACGUCGCAACUUGUGGGCGAUUUAGACCAAUAGCUCUUUGCUACGUCACCGUCAUGACGUCAGACCUAUGACGUGGCAACGAGUAUUGCCCGCUGGCCGAGUAGGUAACGACGCACGUUCACGAAGCUGUCGGUGCUCAAAUCACCAAAUAUUUAUAAACAAUUAACCCUUUAGACGCGUGUCGUAGUCUAGCCUCUAAACUCUAAACACUGGAAUUGUAAUUCCAUUUUAUAUGCACACUUGUAAAAUAGGGUAAGCACUUUAAGGGUUAAAAAAAUAUUUUAUUAUAUUUUAAGUUCUACGAUGGAGGUUUUGUCUUUUUAAAAAUUUUCUAAAAUGUUUUUCUUGUCUUACAACGUAAAGCAUACUGUUACAAAUUAUUGUUAUCAAAUAUUUUCAUAGCCAAUAGAUAUGUCGUUACAGAAGAGAUGUCACUAAUGAUAAUUGUCAAAGCGCUAAAUCAAUGGAUUUUGUAUUUUUAAGUAUAUUAAAGAAUUAGAUGCAUUCGUU